AUGAAAUUAUAGUCGAACGUAAAAAUACGUUUUUUUAUCAAUUGUUGUCUUGAAUUAUUAUUAUCUCUCCUAUAACAUUAAUCUUGGUCACUGUGUUCUAUGCCUGAUACCUGCUAACAACGGCCUUUACUUCAAAAUAUGAAGAAUAUUAUGAGAUGGAUAUUACAUUGAAAUUUUUGUAUUGUUAAUCUAUUAAACAUUUUUUGUUUUUUUUCAAUCAACUCUUAUUAGGAAGCUAUGGACUUUGAUAGUCCUGAUGUUGAAAAAGAUUUUCCAGGCUUAUACGCAUCCUCCGAUGUAGGACAUAAAGAUAGUGAUGGUAAACGCAAAGACAAAAAGGAUCGUGGAUAUGCAGCAUUAGAAGGUGAAAGUUCUCCUGAAGAAGAACCUAAUGCUAAAAGUCCAUCCAAAAUUAAAAAAAUUAAGCCUUUUAAGUUUACUUCAAAAAAGGAAAAACAUGAUAGAAUCAAGGACAAAGAUUCGAAAGAAGAACAUAAAGAUAAAAAAAAAGAUGGAGAAAAAAUGAAAAAAAAGGAAAAAUCAAAAGAAAAAAUAAAAGACAAAAGGAAGCAAAAAAAUAUUAAUGGAAAAACUGAAAUAGACACUAGUGCUUUAUAUGAGAACCAACCAAUAUUUGGGGUGCCUUUAGAAUUAUCAUUUGAGCGAAAUCCAUGUCAUGAUGAUAUUCACUUGCCAUUGGUUCUGAGAAAUUGUAUUGAUUAUGUACAACUAAAUGGGUUGUGUACUGAUGGUGUUUAUAAAGUUCCUGGCACAAAAUCUAAAGUACAAAAUCUUAAAAUUCAAUAUAAUAGACGUCAAUCUGUAAAUCUGUCAGAAUAUGAUUUAGCUAUUGUCACAAGUUUACUUAAACAGUAUUUGAGAGAGUUGCCUGAUCCUAUUUUAACAACAAAUCUGUUGUCAAAAUUCGAAAGUUGUGCAGAAUCAAGAAAUGUAGACUCUACUAAAAUAUUGAUAUCUGAACUUCCCAGUUGUAAUAGAGAUACAUUUACAUGGUUAAUAGUUCAUUUUACCAAUAUAAUUGAAAAUGAAAAAUAUACUAAGAUGAAUAUUGUAAAUUUUGGCACUGUUCUCUGUCCAGUUUUACAAAUGUCAUCAUCUCUAUUCUCAUUUGUUAUAAGUAAAAGAAAUGAACUUUUUCCCAAUGCAAUAUUACCUAAGUAUAUACCACCAUUGAGAUGUGCUAGUCCAUACUUACCUUCUAGCAAAUAUGAAAUGUCAGUUGAGUUGAAAAAACAAGAAUCAUUACUUGGUUAUAUACAUAGAGAAAUGAAUGCAGGUUUUGUAUCCAAAACUAAAGAAGAAGAGUUAUGGGAUGUUCAAAGAAUUAUUACUCAGCUGAAAAGAAAACUAAAAGUUAUAGAAAAAGACAGUAACAAAACUGAUAAUGAAAAAAAAACAACUUGUAUUGGAACCUAUGAAGAAGUCGGUACACAAACUGUGUUAGAUAGACAAAGCUCUGAGAAUAGUACUUCAGGUCAUGCCGAAGUUGUUUCUAUUACUAGUGAUACUGCUAACACAUCAAAUUGUGAAGAUUCAUUGGUUGAUGAAGAAAUUCAAACUUCAACAUCUGAUAGUGAUAAUGAUGAACUAGUAUUACAGUACGAAUCUGAAGAACUCUUGUCCAUGAUUGCAAAUUUAAAAGAUAGUAUAAUUCAAGAAAAAUGUGAAAUUAAUCGACUUGCUUCAAAAUUAAAAUCUAUUGGAAAAUAUGUUGAUAUUAGGAAUUAUUUUAUUCAACCAAUACAAAAAAUAUCACUAGCCAAUAAUAGUUUAGUAAAUGAGUACAAAAUAUUAGAAUUACAAAGAAAUACCCUGUUAAAGAGUAUAGUUGAGGAACGAGAAGCUAUAAUUGAUCUUAAAAUUCAAAUAAAGUUGGCACAGCGAAAACACAUAGCACUUGCUUGAAAAAAAACAUAAUUGAAAUAUAUCUUUAUUAUUUUAUAAUUGAGAAAAAAAAUGCCAAAGACAAAAAAUAUUUAAUGAAUUAUAUAAAGUAUUUUCAACUCUAAAUUUUAUUUUUAAUGUUAAAUAAAUUUACUUGAAUUGUAAUAUUUAAAAAUCAAAUUAAUUCAUAUCAGUUUCAUAGA